CUCACUUUCCAAAAUUUUUACAAGUCAUGUGCUUCUUCAAAGAAAUAAGUAUAGUGAGGUUUGUGGCCCUCCUGUAUUUCACUUUAUCCAUCACCAUCUCAUCUGGAGCCAACACCAUCUCUGCAAACCAGUCUCUGUCUGGAGACUAUACGAUCAUAUCCGAAGGUGAACAAUUCGAGCUGGGUUUCUUCAAAGCAGGCAACUCUUCCAAGUAUUACAUAGGCAUCUGGUAUAAGAAGCUCUAUUCCAAUCCUCCUACCAUUGUUUGGGUAGCAAACAGAGAAACACCCAUCUCUGAUAGAUUCCGUUCAGAAUUAAAAUUCGUUAAUGGUAAUUUGGUGCUCUUGAAUGAGUCAAAGUUCCAGAUUUGGUCCACAAACGUCUCCACCACCACUACUUUGAAGUCUGUAAUAGCUGUUAUUCUUGAUGAUGGCAACUUAGUUUUGAGAGACUCCGGUUCAAAUUCAAUUGAACCUUUUUGGCAGAGUUUUGAGCACCCAACUGAUACUUGGUUGCCUGGUUCUAAACUUGGUUAUAAUAAUAGAACAAAAACGAGUCAGAUAUUUACAUCGUGGAGAAGCAAAGAAGAUCCUGGUGUAGGACUCUUCUCUUUGGAGCUUUAUCCAUCAAGUAAAGAGUAUGUAAGCAAGUGGAAUGGGUCUCAGCAAUAUUGGACAAGUGGGUCUUGGAAUGGGAAUUCGUUUGACUUAAUACCUGAAAUGAGGUUGGAUAACAUAUUUAAUUACAGCUACAAUACGAAUGAGAACGAGAGUUACUUCACUUAUUCUGUGUAUAAUCCUUCCAUUAUAUCUAGAAAUAUGAUGGCUGUUUCUGGUCAAAUUCAGCUACUAACAUGGUCAGAAAAUACCAAAGAGUGGAUUUUAGUUUGGUCUCAACCUAAAACACGGUGUGAUGUCUAUGCUUUGUGUGGGGCCUUUGGGAUUUGCAGGCAGACUGCAUUACAAUUCUGUAAUUGCUUGACUGCUUUUGAGCCUAGAUCAGAGAGUGAUUGGAAUCAGAGUGAUUUCUCUGGUGGGUGUGUGAGAAAAUCUGAUUUACAGUGUGGGGGGAACAUGGAAAAGCAUGAUUUUCUGAUGAUUACAGUCAAGAGUCUGCCACCAAAUAACUCUACGGAAGUUGGGAGUGCUGGAGAAUGUCGUACAACAUGUUUGAACAAUUGCUCAUGUAAUGCUUACUCUUUUGUCGAUAAUCAGUGUUUGGUUUGGAAUGGAGAUCUCUUGAACCUCUCGGAAGACAAUGAUAAUGAUAGUGGGAAAACAAUCUUUGUCAAAGUCGCUUCAAAAGAUCUUCCACAUCAUAAAAAGACUAACUGGGUCACCGUGGGUGCUGUUGUUGGGUCUGUAGGUGGUGUGGUUUUUGUCUUGGGUGUAAUUUUGUUCUUGAUCUUUAGAAAAAAGAGGAUAUCAUUAUCGGCGGGUAAGACCACAAUGGAGGGAUCUUUGGUGGCAUUUGGAUACAGAGAUUUAAAAAUAGCUACAAAAAAUUUCUCGGACAAAUUGGGAGGAGGUGGUUUUGGUUCCGUGUUCAAGGGGGUACUGCAUGAUUCGUCGAUUGUGGCAGUGAAAAAGCUUGAAAGCAUCAGCCAAGGAGAGAAACAGUUCAGGAGUGAAGUCAGCACCAUCGGUACUAUCCAACACGUUAAUCUUGUACGCCUUCGUGGGUUCUGUGCUCAAGGUAAAAAUAAAUUAUUGGUGUAUGAUCACAUGGCAAACGGUUCUUUGGACACCCAUCUUUUCCAUGGAAAACAAGUUCUAAACUGGGAAACCAGGUAUCAGAUUGCACUUGGAACUGCAAGAGGGUUAGUCUAUCUUCAUGAGAAGUGCAGAGACUGUAUCAUUCACUGUGACAUAAAGCCAGAUAACAUUCUCUUAGAUGUUGAUUUCAGUCCAAAAAUCGCAGAUUUUGGUCUGGCAAAGCUUGUUGGUCGAGACUUUAGUAGGGUUUUGACAAGUACAAGGGGGUCCAUAGGGUAUCCAGCACCAGAAUGGUUAUCAGGGGUGGCUAUCACAGCCAAAGCAGAUGUUUAUAGCUAUGGAAUGGUGCUUUUUGAAUUACUUCAUGGUAAGAGAAAUGCAGAACACUCUGAAGGUUCAAGGAGUAAAUACUUCCCUGGUUUGGUUGCAAGUGUUCUUAUAGAGGGAGGUGAUGUCAUUAGCCUUUUAGACAGUAGGCUAAACAGGGAAGCUUGUGUUGAACAAGUGACAAAAUUUUGCAAAGUUGCGUGUUGGUGCAUCCAAGAUGAGGAAGAGAGAAGGCCUACCAUGAGUCUGGUGGAACGUAUUCUUGAAGGGGUUUUGGAUGUGGAGAUGCCUCCGAUACCCCAGAUCUGUCACUAUAAUUAACAUUGUGGUCACUCACAUUGGACGUGGUUUAUUUCCAGUCCAACACAUCAUUUUCUUUAAGGCAAUUAAUUCUCUUUAUUAUGGCUC